GAGCAUUUUUCGCCGCUGCCCACACCACAUCGAGUGUUCACUGCUGCCAAGGAGGAACAAAAAAAACGGCCCAGCUCUCUACUACUCUAGCAGCGCCUACUACACGACCACGAUGAAUCAGCCCGUCAGUUGUUUACCAGUGUCAGCCACGAAAAUGUCCAAGGCGAAGAAGGUCCUCGAGGAGGCCCGCGAUACCCAGAACCGGGAGAUCGACCUGGUCGACAAGGGCAUCACCAGCUUCGAGGAACUGCCCGGAUUGCUUAACAUGACUUUUGUAACUAGAAUCACGCUGAGCCACAACAAGCUAAAAGUGGUUCCACCGGGCGUCGCGAAUCUCAUCAACCUGGAAAUUCUGAACAUUUCGAACAACCAGCUGGAGGAACUGCCCCUCUCGUUGUCGUCGAUGCCCAAGUUGCGCAUCCUGAACUGCUCGAUCAAUCGGUUGAACACGCUCCCGCGUGGAUUUGGGGCGUUUCCCGUGCUGGAGGUGCUCGAUUUGUCGUACAAUAAUCUGAGCGAGAAGGUGCUGCCCGGGAACUUCUUUAUGAUGGACUCUUUGAGGGCGCUGUAUCUUGGAGACAAUGAUUUUGAAUUUUUGCCCCCGGAGAUCAGGAAUUUGAAGAAUCUGCAAAUCCUCGGUCUCCGCGACAACGACCUGCUCGAGCUGCCGCGCGAAAUCGGCGAGCUGACGCGCAUCCGCGAGCUGCACAUCCAGAACAACCGGCUGACGGUGCUGCCGCCGGAAAUCGCCAGCUUGGAUCUGCUCGGCCAAAAGUCCGUCCUCAAGAUGGAGGAAAACCCGUGGGUUACUGCGAUCGCCGAGCAGUACCUGAUCGGCAUCAGCCACGUGCUCGAGUACAUCAAAACCGAGGCGUACAGGAUUUUGUACAAUCGUCACGUCUCAGCCGGAAAGGCAGGAAAUGUUCCACCGAAGGUGGACAAGUCGAAGAAAGCUUCCAGAGCUCGAUCUUAAUCGAAAAGGGGUUUAAAAUAUUUGUUCAGUGUUCAAAAAUGCAAUUGUUUUAGUAGUCUUCCCAAUGUUUUAAUUCUAAACGAGUUUUAGCGACAAAUUCGCGUAUAACAAUUAACUAAUUAAUUUGAGGAGCCAAAAAUCACAGUGACUUAGAAAGUGCCUAACAAAAGAAAAAGAUGUAUUGGAAAGCGAUUUUAACAAGCACUUAUUAAAUAUGUAUUUUACUUAACUAACGUAAGCAUAAAAAUAAAGUGUACUUCAGUGCAAUCAAAA